AUGUUUUUUUUAAUUAAUAAAUUAGUUAUGAAUUUUGAUGCUCCCAGUCCUUGAGGUAUAUAUUUUCAAGAUAGUGCUACUCCUCAGAUGGAAGGGUUAAAUGAAUUACACGAUAAUAUAAUGUAUUAUUUAGUAGUUAUAUUAUUUGCUGUAGGAUGAAUUUUAUUAUCUAUAGUUAUAAACUAUGUUAGUACAAAAUCACCAAUUUCACAUAAAUAUUUAAAUCACGGUACAUUAAUCGAAUUAAUAUGAACUAUUACUCCAGCAGUAAUAUUAAUAUUAAUUGCUUUUCCUUCUUUUAAAUUAUUAUAUUUAAUGGAUGAAGUUAGUGAUCCUUCAAUGUCAGUUUUAGCAGAGGGUCACCAAUGAUAUUGAAGUUACCAAUAUCCUGAUUUUUUAGAUUCUAAUGAUCAAUUCAUAGAAUUUGAUUCAUAUAUAGUACCAGAAUCUGAUUUAGAUGAAGGAGGAUUAAGAAUGUUAGAAGUGGAUAAUAGAGUUGUUCUUCCUGAAUUAACACAUGUUAGAUUUAUUAUAACAGCAGGUGAUGUUAUACAUUCUUUUGCUGCUCCUGCUUUAGGUAUAAAAUGUGAUGCAUACCCUGGAAGAUUAAAUCAAGUAUCUGUUUUUAUUAAUAGAGAAGGAGUAUUCUACGGUCAAUGUUCAGAAAUAUGUGGAAUAUUACACAGCUCUAUGCCUAUAGUAAUAGAAUCGGUAUCUUUAGAAAAAUUCCUUAUUUGAUUAAAAGAACAAUAG